AUGGAGCGGGGGAAGUGGGUCGGUGCGCGAGGGGGAGGGCUGGCAUUGGAUCUGCGACCGAGGUCCCUUGUGCCUGCGGUGUUGAGGGCGCAACCGGGUCGGUGUUGGUCGCAUUGCCAGCUGUUUGAAACGAGGCAGGUCCGAGAAAAAAAUGUCACUGUGGGGGCCGUCCGAGAAGCCGGGAGCGGCAAGGACUUUCCGUCUUUUCAGACCCUCCUGCCAGCCAUUGGAGGUGCUGCAGGCCUUGCAUGGGCUGCGAGUGCAUUGGCGGAGAGCGGGGUUCCAUCCCUUGAAGCCAUUCCAGGCAUUGAAGAUGGCGGCCCUGCGCUUGGCGGCUUCAUCUCAGCAUUCCUCCUGAUCUUGUUCUCAGAGAUCGGUGACAAAACGUUCUUCAUAGCAGUCCUCCUUUCAUUGCAGAACCCCAAGUCUGCAGUCUUCAUCGGAACAGUCGGGGCCUUGGCUGUGAUGACAGUGAUCUCCACCGGGCUUGGACAAGUGUUGCAUGAGUUGGAUGGACUGCUGCCUGCAAGCACGGCUGCCUUUCCCCUUGACGAUGUCUUGGCGAUUUCGCUCCUUGUGUUCUUUGGGCUCCAAACUCUCCUGGCUGCUGGAGAUGCGGACGACACAGCAAAGGAAGAAAAAGAGGAGGCUGAGGAAGUUGUUUCUGGUCUGCUCUCAGGCGCCAACGGCCUGAUCCUCUCCACCUUUGUGCUGGUGUUUGCUGCGGAAUGGGGCGACAAGUCUUUCCUUGCGACAACUGCACUGGCAGCUGUGGCCAACCCCAUCAAUGUCUGCAUUGGUGCAGUUGCUGGCCACGCAGUUGCAACAGUAAUCGCAGUUGUUGGGGGAUCUUUCCUAUCAGAGUAUGUGUCUGAAAGAACAGUCCAGUACAUCGGGGGUUCCCUCUUCCUGGUUUUUGCAGCUUUCAAUAUAUUUGAGUUGGUGGAGCACAUAUCUUGA